AUGUCGGACCUCAACUCAUGGGAAGACGACCCGUCGGCACAGGACGAGAACCUGUCGCGCCAGGCGCAAAAUUUGAACCUCAACAACCAGCAACAGUCCCAAGGCGGCUUCCGCCCCGGUGUCGCUUCAUUCCAGCCCGGCGCUGCUUCCUUCACUCCCGGCGCUCAGGCCUACGGUGGCUACCUCCAGUAUGGUGGCCAGCAGCAGCAGCAGUUCUACGGCGGCCAGCAGGGCUUCUAUCCUCAGUACGGCGGUCAAGGCUUCAACCAAUACAACCAGGCCGGUUAUAGUGGAGUCUACGGCCAGCAAGGUCAGGCCGGAUUCAACCAGGGCUACGGCCAACAAUACCCUCAGUAUGGCCAGCAGCAAUUCCAACAAAACCAACCCCCAAGACAACCCCAGCAGCAGCAAGCCUCGAAGCCCACUCCUACUAUUGCCAAGCGCCCUGAUCCUGCUGCCGCUCCAGCUGCCGCAAAGCCAACAGUCGAGAAGGCCGGAGGUACCAAGGUUUUGAGCAUCGGCGCCGAUCCUGCUAAGCCCAAGGUCGCCACCGAGGGCGCGACCAAGGUCCUUUCCAUUGGUGUCCCCGCACCUCCCAAGGAUGAGCCCAAGAAGGAGGAGGAGAAGCCCGCAGCCGGUGCUGAAGCUGGAGCCAAGGCAAGCGCUGCCAAGGCUAUCGAGAAGACUGGAGAGACCACCAAGACUGCCAGCGGAAGAACCUCGCCAACCCCAUCAACUGGCUCGGGCAGAUCCAGCCCCGGAAGAGCUUCCAAGGCCGCCGAAAAGCGAGAUGCCGAUGCUGUCGCCAACGAGCAGUCCGCUGACGUUGAUGAGGCAACGCUGAAGGAAAUGUACGGAAAGGAGCACAUGAACAUCAUCUUCAUUGGCCACGUUGAUGCUGGCAAGUCUACCCUCGGAGGUUCCAUUCUUUACGCUACUGGUAUGGUCGACGACCGAACUCUGGACAAGUACAAGCGCGAAGCCAAGGAACUUGGCCGUGAGACUUGGUAUCUCUCCUGGGCUCUGGAUCUUACCAAGGAGGAGCGCUCCAAGGGUAAGACUGUCGAGGUUGGAAGGGGUUUCUUCGAGACUGAAAAGCGCCGCUACUCAAUUCUCGAUGCGCCCGGCCACAAGACAUAUGUCGCCAACAUGAUUGGUGGUGCCGCUCAGGCUGAUGUUGGUGUUCUUGUCAUCUCCGCCCGAAAGGGUGAGUACGAGACAGGUUUCGAGAAGGGAGGACAGACCCGUGAGCACGCCAUGCUGGCCAAGACCCAAGGAGUCAACAAGUUGGUGGUGGUCAUUAACAAGAUGGAUGACCCUACUGUCAACUGGUCGGCCGAGAGAUACAAGGAGUGUACCACCAAGCUGAGUCAGUUUCUCAAGGGAACCGGCUUCAACCUGAAGACGGAUGUGUUCUUCAUGCCCAUUGCUGCACAGCAGCUCAUGGGUAUCAAGGACAGAAUUCCCGAGGGAGUCUGCUCCUUCUACAACGGACCAUCUCUGUUGGAAUACCUCGACAACAUGUCCACCAUGGAACGCAAGCUUAACGCACCCUUCAUGAUGCCCGUGGCUGCCAAAUACCGUGACAUGGGUACCAUGAUUGAGGGUAAGGUUGAGGCUGGUGUGAUUAAGAAGGGAAUGUCCUUGAUCAUGAUGCCGAACAAUGAUAAGGUCGAUAUUUCUGCAGUGUACACUGAAACGGAAGAGGAAGUUGGCAUUGCACAAAGCGGUGACCAAGUCCGUCUCCGACUCCGUGGUCUCGAAGAGGAAGAUAUCAUGCCCGGUUUUGUGCUGUGCUCGCCCAAGCGUUUGGUCCACAAGGUUGCCGAGUUUGAGGCUCAGAUCCGUAUUCUGGAUCUGAAGAGCAUUCUCUCCGCCGGAUUCAACUGCGUCAUUCACGUGCACACGGCGAUUGAAGAAGUUACUUUCUCAGCCCUGCUUCACAAGCUCCAGAAGGGCACCAACCGUAAGAGCAAGCUGCCUCCGUCCCACGCCAAGAGAGGAGACAGCAUCAUUGCGCGUCUGCAAGUCAUUGGUGGAGCUGGCCAGAUCUGUAUUGAAAAGUUCGAGGACUACCCGCAAAUGGGACGAUUCACUCUGAGAGACCAGGGUCAAACCAUUGCCAUUGGCAAGAUUAUCAAGCUCAUCACGGACGGAUCUUCCUAA